AUAAAUACACAUAUACACAGAUGAUAGGAACGCCGACAUCAAUGAACUUCCACGAUGUAUAUCCCAGCGAAACAGAUAUAUAUAAUACAUUAGACGAAACUAGCGCUAUAUAUGUGCAUAACGUUACAGCAUGUGCGGAUCUAGGAGUGUCAUUGAACCUGGAUGAAGUGGCAAAACAACUUGGAAAUGUAAUAUACGACCCGCAGGAGUUCUCCUGCGCAAGGGUCGACAUUAGAGUAGCAUUACACCUAAGUGAAGAUACGAAUUUACCAGAUUCAAGAAACUACCCAGGUAUAGAACAUAUACCAGUAAGAAAUACAAAAAAGGCAAGCAUACUGCCAGGAAUCAUCGCAAAAAGAUUUCCAGAACUGGCAUACAGUUAUAGUGAAAGAUACAGUGAAAUAGACAAAUACAAUGUCGUGAAAGCAUCAAUAUUCAGCAACGGAAAACUGUCACUAACAGGUGGAAAGAGCAUCAUAUCAGUGGCAGUGGCACUGUGGAAAUUAUGUAAAGCAAUCAAAAAAAGAAUCAACAAAAAAGCAAGAAUAAUAAACUUCUACAUCACAAAUAUACUGGCGGUGUACCAGUACCCUUCACCAAUUGUACUGCAGACGUUCGUAAAACGAUGCAAAGGAUCCACAUACGACCCUUCAAGGUUCGCAGGAGUGCGUUUUAGAAUGCCCAUCAAGGCUCCAGUGGUCAUGUACGACAUAGUAACACUGCUGAAACCAAUGUAUGGAAAUCAAAAUACCAACACAUAUACACAAGAAGACAACCAAAAGGAUACAAUAGAAACAGAUAGCAGCGACAGCUUUGAGGAAAUGGAUAAUGAAGUGUCACCCGAAAAACAAGCACCAGUAAUACAACAAACUAUACGAAGACCAACAGUGAACAACACACCAACCAUAAAUAGACCACUCAAAGGAAAUAUAAGGCACUUCAUCACAACAGCAUUGCAAAAUAAUAAACGAACGAUACACCAGGGGAAAGCAACAGUACCUAACACGCAACAAAAGAAAAAAAAAGUAAUAGACGAAGCACCAGUCAAUAGAGUAUGGUCUAAUGAAAAUAAUAAUCAGUCAUUAGAAGGAGAAGGAACCAAGGAAGAAGCAAUAACCAUAAAUGUGUACACUAGCGGGAACGUACUAUUUACAGGUGCACGAUCAAUAGCAAGUAUCCAGCAGGGACUGUCACACAUAUACCCAUUCCUAAAGGCAUCAGUAGCGGAUAUACCAAUCUAAUCGUUAAAGAAAUGACAGAA